AAUUACUUGCAAAGUGUAUUAUACUUAAUGUUUUGGCGUAGCAUAUUUGUUAAUUUUUAUUUAUGAUCAAAAUAAAUAAUUACAAGAGCUACACCAUAUUUUAAAUAGAGUUAAUAUGUAAAUUUCUUCAGAGAACAUGUAGUGUAAUUAUUGCGUUCCUAUAUAGUGAUAUUUUUUAUAAACUUUUUUAAUAUAACGAUAAUUCAACAAAAUCUUUGUUAUAAUGGAGAAUCCAGAAUCAAGUGGAAAUAUGAGAGCGACUCAGGACGCACCUACUUCAUGGUGUCAUCCUUCAAAUCGAGUACAUAGAUUUAUAGCUCUCAUAUUAAUGUGCUUCCUUUGUUUUGGUUCCUAUUUUUGUUAUGACACACCAGGAGCGCUUGCUGAUAAUUUCAAAGAUGAUUCACACUUGAAUACAUCCCAGUUUGCACUGCUCUACUCUAUAUACUCAUGGCCGAAUGUAAUAUUAUGCUUUAUUGGUGGUUAUCUUGUUGAUAGAUAUUUCGGCAUACGAUUAGGAACUAUUAUAUAUAUGACUAUUGUAUUUGUAGGAGCAGUAGUGUUUGCAUUAGGUGUUUACAUAAAUGCAUAUUGGUUGAUGAUACUUGGACGGUUCAUAUUUGGUAUUGGAGGCGAGUCAUUGCAGGUAGCUGUGAACAGUUAUGUGGUGUUAUGGUUCAAUGGAAAAGAACUCAAUAUGGUGUUUGGGCUACAGCUGUCCUUCUCUAGGUUUGGAAGUACCGUCAACUUUUGGGUUAUGGAACCAAUAUACCGAUGGGUUGCAAAUUAUUAUGGAGGCUAUGAGAAGCUUGGUGUCGCCCUAUUUAUUGCUUCAAUGACGUGCCUAGGAUCUCUAAUUUGCGGUUUGAUAUUGGGCUGGAUGGACCACAGGGCCGAGAGGAUACUGGGACGGCAAGAGGAACAAGCUAAAGAUGAACCAUUCCACCUCAUAGACGUCUUGCAUUUUAAGUCUGUUUUCUGGCUUGUAUCUGUAAUUUGUGUUGCAUAUUAUUUGGCAAUUUUUCCAUUCAUCGCUUUGGGAAAAUUGUUCUUUGAGCGUAAAUUUGAUUUUAUACCGCAAGACGCGAAUACUGUGAACUCAAUGGUAUAUCUCUUUUCGGCUGCCUUGAGUCCCUUCUUUGGUAUUUUAAUUGAUAAGACUGGCAGGAACGUGAUGUGGGUUAUCUUAAGUAUAAUAACGACGAUUGGGUCGCAUUUUCUAAUGGCAUUUACUUUUGUCAAUCCUUAUGUUGGAGUGGUAUCAUUAGGAAUAUCUUAUUCAUUGCUCGCGAGUGGUCUAUGGCCCCUCGUAGCAAUGAUUGUUCAAGAGAAUCAAUUGGGUACUGCUUUUGGAAUAUGUCAAGCAGUUCAAAACUUAGGCUUGGCUACCGUUAUCAUUUUGGCCGGCGCGAUUGUUGACAAAUAUGGAUAUCUUAUGUUGGAAAUGUUUUUCUUAGGAUGUCUGUUUGUGUCCCUAAUUGCGGCUGUACUCAUCUAUAUCCUGGACUCGGCCAACAACGGCAUUCUGAACCUGUCGCCAAGUAUGAGGGACGCUUUGAAGAAGACGACUGUUCGUACCGAGGAGACGGCUAACCUGCUGGAGCACGUGGACAGCUCGGACCAGGAGGAGGCGGACGGGGGGGCGGCGGGCGGCGGGGCGUCCCCGCGCGACUCGGCCCAGCUGCAGUCCGACCGCAUCCGCUCGCGGUACAUCGCGCAACUCCUGCCCGCCACUAACAUUCCAGAUAGACCUUAGGCUUGAACGCGACUUUGUAUGUGUAAAUAUGUAUCGAUACUUUUAGAUUAUUUGUGGCAUUAUUUUCCAUUAUCUGUAUUAUAAAAUCGAAUAAAUGAUUUAUGACAUCCAA